AUGGAUAGUUAUUCAUUUAUAAGUAAAAACAAUUACAAGGUCAUAAUUCAAAUUAUUACAAAUUACAUAAAUCUCGAGCAAUAUGAACUAGCAAGAUUGCUAUUAACAAAUUUAGUAAAAUCCAACUUACUAAAUAUAACAGACCUAGGGAAAUAUAAAAAAAUACAAAAUAAAUCGAUAAAAAAAAAACUAUAUAUAUUAAGAAAAGUUUUAAAAUAUAUAAGAAGGUAUAUAGAAUAUGGAUCUUCCCCUUUACAAAUAUUUUCAAAUGAAAUAUCGAGCUCUCAUUUUUUACUAAAAUUAGUAAAUGAUUAUAAUAAUUUUGUGAAUUUAAUUUUUCUUAACUUUCUUAAUUUUGAAAUAAAUUAUAAAAUAAUUUUCAACAAGUCCAAACAAAUUACUUCAGACCCACAAACUGAUAAGUGUAAACAACCUAACAAGACACACCACACAAACUUGAAAUACAAUUCAUUAGCUAAAUAUAGAUAUAUACUAAAAAAAAAAUAUAUAUCAAAUAAAAUAAAACAAAAAAUACAAUUUGACACGAUUCUUUCUAUUAUUAUUGUGCAUAAAGAACAUUAUUUAAAAAUUUGUAAAGAUCUAAACUUUGAUUUUUUUACAUUAGACGUUUUACAAUAUUUAAGGCGUCUAUUUUAUUUAUAUAUAAAAACAAGAGAGUUAUUUAAAAAAAAUAAAAUAAAUAAAAUUAAAAAUCGAAAAAAAUGCAAUAAUUAUUUAUUAAUAUAUUUACUUGAUUAUGUAAUACCUUAUAAUAAAAAGCAGACAAAAAUUCCGAUCGAAAAAAAUCGUAAAAGUAAAAACAUAGAUUUUGCUAAAACCAUAUUUAGUGAAAAAAAAUAUAAAAUAAAUUAUAACAACAACUUUUUUAAUAAGAUAGAUGAACUAACAAUAAAAAAUUUUAAAUUAAUUUACGACACCGAUGGGGAUACACCCUCAAUAAAUAUUAGAAAAAAAAAACAAAACAAUACCACAUCAAACAUUGUUGCGUCUAAACCUUACAAUAUUAUAUAUAUCCCCCCUUUAUAUAUAAUUAAUCAAAGACCCAUACAUAAUUAUAUUGUAUCUUAUGAUGAUGAGAUUUCUUUUUUUUUUGAGAGAAAUGCAAUUUUUGAAAUAUUUAUUGACUUGUUUUAUCUUUGCUUCUACUUACCAUCUUUAUCUAUAUCCCUUUUUAAAUCUCUCUUUUUUAAUCAGAAAUAUUUUCAUUUUUUAUUGCAACUAUUUAUGCUAGCCAAUAGGGACCAACCCAAAUCAAUAGAAAAUCAAAAAAGUUCAAACUCAAAUCCCUAUGCAGAAAAAUUAAGAGAAACUAACGAAGUAAAUACACAAAAAAAUAUUCAGAAACCUUACCUUAUUUUUUUAGAAGCAUAUUUGAACAUUGUCCAUAUAUAUAUUACAGUCUUGAUAGAAAAACUAAAAAAAAAUAAUUUAGUAGAUUAUCAAAAUUUUAUAUAUCUCUUUAAAUAUAAUCAUUUAUUUAUAAAUAAUAUAUUUUUAUUUUCUUUAUGUUCAACUAUUACAUAUUUACAUAAAAAUUGCAAAGAAAGUCUUACUGAAAUAAAUUUAAAAGACAAGCCAAAUUUGCAUAUUUAUAAUGACGCUAAUAAAGUUACACCCAUUCACGGAUCUGAAUAUGUUGAUGCAUUUACAAAGGUAGAUACAAAAGAUGGAAAAACAAAAGUGUCUGAAAACUUUCCAUAUAUUUUAAAGCAAUUCCGUUUAGCAACCGAUACAAUGAACAAGCUAUACAACUUUUUAGUCUUGCUUGUGUUUUAUUAUAAUUGUGAAGAUCCAAAAGUGUUUCUAUCUUUAUCAUCUGUUUGUCAACCCGACAAUGAAAAAGGGGAAUAUAUUACUGGUAGUGACAAUAUACGUGAAUAUCAAAAUGAAAUACAUAUGGUAGAGCUCGAUGGAGUUGUCUUAUGCUUGUGUAUAAAUCAUUUGAAGAUACAAAAAAUAAUUGAUUUAUAUAUUAACAAGUUAAAAAAUAAAACUUAUCAUAUUUAUAAAUAUAAAAAUGAUAGAUAUAUUACAUAUAAAAAUAAAUCCAUAAUUUAUGAAAUCCUAAUUUCAACUAACACAUUUUAUUCAAAUCAUGCAAAUCAAAUAUACAACAUAUUUAUUUAUUUGUUUAAUUAUAUUGAUGAUAUUUAUUUGAAAAAUAUUAAUGAAGAAAUAGUUUGCUACCCAAUAGAGACAGGGAAAAAUGAGGACCUCCUUUUUUAUAUCAACUACUCUAAAAUAUACAACAUCCAUUUUUUGAGCUACCUGUUCCGCAUUUGCCAGAACUACCUGACCCAAAACAACUUCGAAUAUCUAAAUCAGCUUCUAAACAAUUUUAAAGAAUUAAAAAAUCUAUGCAUCUUAUAUUGCCUUGAAAAUACAAAUGAUGUAGAAAUAAAAUUGAAAUGUUUAAAUAAAUUGAAAAUGUGUAAAUAUAAUAAAUAUUUAUAUAAUUAUAUUAAAGACAUGAAAAUAAAAAUACAUAUUGCUUGUCUAAGUUAUUAUUUUUAUAAAUCCUAUGAGCAUAAAUUAAAAUUAUCUAAAACAAAUAAAUUAACAAAAACUGAUAUAUAUACAAUGUUAAUAAAUUGUUCUAUUCCCCAAUUUUUAAAUACAACAAAUUUAUUACCAUAUGUUAAUACAAGAUUUGUAAUAAAGUUAAAGAAGUAUAUAAAAAAAUUAUUUUUUUAUAAAAAAAAAAAUUACAUGGAUUUAAACAUGAUACUGUUUUAUCUUGCAAUUAAAUCAGCUUAUGGAUAUCUAUCGGGAACGACCCCUCUACGGAAUAUUAAGAAAAACUACAAACUAAUUCACUACAAAGAAUGCAAAAUAAAAUGUCUACUCUAUUUUACAAUAAUUGUAUUUAGAUUUACAGAAAAUAAGCAUAUAGAACCACCCAACUUUAUAAAGUUUGUACUGCUCAUAUAUGACAAAUUAAGACAAGUUAGUCAGAAGCAAGACCAAAUUACGUCGCCAUUUUUUUUUAAUUUAAGAAAUUUGCUACUCAAAAUUUUUGAAAAUGUUUACACCCGAUUAAUAAUAUUCAUUAUCAAAUCGAGGAUGAACAAGAGUUUGAAAAAGCAUAAGGAAAUAUGUAAUGAUGAAAAAUGUAAAAAUGAUUCUACAUUGUUUGAAAAUUUAUCAAUAUGGUCUUCAAAAUAUAGAAACAAAUUUAUGUUACUUAAAAUGAGGAGGAGUAAGAAAAGUCAGAACUCCUCAUUUUUUAAUUCAUUAACAAAAAUAGAAAAAAAGAUGCAAGAUAAAGAAUACAUAUACUAUUGUUUUAAGAAAAAUACAAAAAAAAAUAAAUUAAAAAAAAAAGAAAUAAAUAAUAUUUUAGACAAAUAUAUAUAUGAUAUUAUAUAUAAUACACCACAAGAAUAUAUUUAUAAAAAUAUUAUUCAUCAAAAAGGUAGAAGCAUCAACAUGUUUAUCCUUUAUAAAUAUAAAAAACAAUUAACUAAAUCUAUAUAUACAUAUAAUCUAAUGUUAUAUCUUAGAUAUGUUCGAGUAUUUAAAAAGUUAUACAUUAAAAAUGUUUUUUCAGAUUCAAUUUUUGUCAGCAAUCCAUUUAAUUGUAAAAUUAUAAAUAAAUCUAAACAGGUUUAUCAUAAAAAAUUUGAUCUUUUUCAUUUGAUUUCCUACUAUAUUAAUAAAUAUAAAGAUAAUGAAAUAAAUAUGUACAUUCUUCAAAACAAUUACAAUGUCAAUUUUUUGUUAGUUUAUAUUUUUCUUGGCAUUUGUGUGACUCAUUCAUAUAAAGUUGAAAAUGGAAUUCUUUUAUUAAAGUUUGCAAAGAUAGAAGUAAAAAAAAUGAAAAAAAUUAUUGACCAGGUACACACAUCUGGUAACUUACAAAAAAGUAUAGACAACAAUGAAGACAAAAAUAAUAAUUUAAUAUUAAAGUUUUUACUUUAUUUUAUUAAAAAAUUACACAUAUUAUUAGAAAUAAAAAAAAACAUAUCUAAAAGUAAGUUGAUGAAAAAUCGAGGUUACAAAGAUAAGUAUAUGUGUAACAAACAAUCCAAUCCAAACUUGAGCUGUAAAAAAAAAGAAACAAAAAUAAAAAACAAAAGAAAGAAUAUACUCCUUAUUAAAUACCUCCUACUAACAUCAAACUCAUUAAAAAUACAAUCGAAAUUGAUAAAAAAAUAUUUUAUAGAUUUAUAUAAAAAAAAAAAUUUUUUACAAGAUAUGUUCUUUUUUUUUUCAAACUUGAAGAAAAAGAAAAAAGUUAUUUUAAAAGUUGAGAACUCACAAAUAGACAAAGGAAAUUUAUCAAGCUUUACAAAAUACCAACACACUUCUUAUAAAGAUAUGCAUACCAUAUUGGAAAAAUAUUCGACACUUCUAAUACAAAAUAUAGACGAGCAAAAAGGAAAUACAAUAAACUAUUUACUUUAUUUUUUUUUCUUUUCUAAUAUUUUAAUAACAUAUAUAUAUGACUCAUUAAAGGAAACUAAGAUAGAUGCGAAUUUUUUUGAAUAUGCUUCGAAAAAUAGACAAUGUCACAAAAAUAUAUAUUCCAUAAGAUACCAAACAAAAAUUAAUUACAACCUUUUUUAUAUAUUUACCAUAGACAUAUAUACAAUUAUAAAAUAUAUUUUGUUUAUUGCAAACUCUUAUGUAAAUGCUAAAGUUUUGUGUUCCUUAUUUUUUAUACAAUAUUACCAGCUUUUAGUUGAAAACAUACAAACCCAAUUUUGUAUAAAAGAAGAACCUUUUUCAGAUAAAAUCCAAAAUGAAGAAAGUGCAGAUACACAGUUGGGAAGUAUCAAUUUAUUUCCAACCAUACAAAGUAAUAAACAUAUAAAAUAUAAAUUAAAAUGUAAAAAUAUAUAUAUAAAUAAAAAACCAAUGAUGCAAUAUUUAACUUCCGAUUUUUUAUUUUUAAUAAACAAUAUCAAUAUCAUAAAAAUUAUAGAAAACAAUAUAAAUUUAGCAAUAAAAAAAAAUAAAAUUACAAAUAUCCUUCGGUUUUAUAAAUCAUAUAUUACAUAUAUAAUAAACAAAAUUGAAAAUAAAGAAAUAAUAAUGUCUAUAAAUAAUUGUGUACCUACCAAAUUAAAUUAUUCACAAACAAAAUAUGAUGACUCAAAUAUAAGUACCAGUAAAAAAAAUGAAAUAAUGAAUAUUUUUAUAUGCUUAGAAAAAUGUGAUUAUUAUUUUCCAUUUACUUUUAACACAUUAUAUGCAUAUCACUUUUCAAGACCAUACAACAUUUUGAAUCGAUACAUAAAAGAACAGUACAAUAAUAUAAAUAAAAUUUUUAAAAUUAUAAAAAAGAAUAAUAAUAAAAAUAAUAAUAUUAUUAUUGAAUUAGAUACUGAAUUGUUUAGUGAUAUUUAUUUUAUAAAAUAUCAUGACAUAUUCCAUUUCAAUAAUUUUACAAAGUCUAUUUUUUUUUCAUCAUUCUUUGAUAACCAGCGUUAUGCAGAUUGUUUAGACAUUUGCGAGAAAGCCAGUCAUCCUUAUCAGCCUGACAUGAUUAAAAAAUAUUAUUCAAAUCUUUUUCACAAUUCAGAUGCAAAUAAAAGAAAAAAAAAUCUCAGGUUCUGGUUUGAGUACAUACUACAAACAGAUGUGCCAACUGAUGUAAAAAUAGAUAUAUUUGUAAAUAAAAUAAUGAAAAAUUAUAAAAACCUCGAAUUAUUUUCUUUUCAUGAACUUAUGAUAGCAUUGAAUCUAUGUCUAUAUAAUGAACCAUCCCAUAAUGGUGACUCAAAAAGUAGUAGAGAUAUGUACAUUGUUAAUUGUGAAAAUAUAGAUAACCUUCCAAAUAAUAUAGAUGCAAAUCUAGCCAAGUUAGACACAUAUAAACAUAUUUUUAAAAUAAUUCAACACGCCAAAAAAGUGCACAAGUCAUGUCUAUCAUAUGUUAAUCCAACUACCAAAUUUAAUUUUGUUAAUGUUUAUGCAUCGAUUAUGAAGAAAAGAGAAAGCAAAGAUGAACUAUUAGAUUUUAUCUCAACAUAUAAACUGUUCAAAUAUUGUGACUUUUUGUUAAAUUUCAAAAAUUUUACAGAUAAAGAUAAAUCUGAAAUUCGUAUGAAAUCAACAAGCGAAUAUAUUCUCGACCUGUGGGGAUUUAACAAAGGGAUAGACACAAUGAUUAAAUCAAGUAAUUGUAAAAUUAUGAAAAAAAAUAAAAUAAUUUUAUUUUUAAAAAAAUUAGAAGCUCAAAAUUUUCAAAAUAUUAUUAGCUACAUAUUCUAUAAAAACCACCCAACAGUUUUAACAAACCUCUUAUACUUUUUAUUCACAUAUUUUAAAUACACAUAUAUUAAAAAGUUUUAUAUAUUAAGUUUGUUUACUAAAUAUAUAAAAAUUGAAAAUGUUUUUAAAAAAAAUGUUAAAAAGAUAUAUAAAAAUAUUAUUCCAUUGUUGAUACAAAAUAAUAAGAUUGAAUUAGCAGAAUAUAUAAUAAGCCAACAUUUGUUUACACCUAAAAUGUAUAAAAUAUAUUAUUACGCUUUUUUAAAUAUUAAUAUUAAUUUAAACAAAAUAUAUAAAUCGAUGAUAAGCAAAAGAAGUUCUAGUAUCAAAAAAAAUUACCUUCAACAAGCUCAAAAAGGAAAUAUAUAUAAUAUACAAAAAUGUAUUGCCAUAUUAAAAUUAUCUAUUAUUUGUCGACAAGAUAAAAACAAUAUUCAAUUUGUUUACUCUAUUUUUUUACAUAUAAUUCAACAACUAUUUGAUAAGAUUUGUCUAAGCUUACAAAAUAAUAUCUAUAACACUACUGAUACAAAAGAAAAGUCUAUCAAACUGAAAGCAAAUCAUUUUGAAAAUGAAAAAAAAGACAAAAUUAAAUUUACACAAAAUGUAAAUUUUCAAAAAAAACAUAGCUUAUUUAAUAAGUUUUACAAAAAUUCUAUUUAUAGACAUACUGAAAAGGAAGAAAAACAUAAGAAAAUGAAAAAUAGCAUGGUUAGAAAGUACUACAUCAUAGAUCGGGACACAAGAAACAUUGGAAGUUCUGAAAAACUUGAGAUAAACACUUCAUCAAAUUAUGUUUCUAAUCAUGGUAGUACAAACAUAUUGAUAUACAUUUUUUAUAAGAUAUGUUUUUUCUUCUAUGAAAAUUAUAAGGAAUUAAAAAGUGCAAGCAAUUUAGUGUGUAAUUUGCUACCUAUGCUAAUAUAUAUAAAAAUAUCGAUAAAUUUAAAUAUUAAAAUGAAGGAUAUUAUUAAAAUGAAUAUAGAAAACUUAAUUGAUGGAUUAAAAAAACAAAAUUAUAACAUAUGCAAUUAUUUAAUACAUAGAAUUUAUUCUUGUUAUUUUUAUAAUAUAAAUACAUUCCAUAUACUAAAUGAGCAAGGUUUAUUUUAUUCAUUUUCAAAACAAAAAGAAUUUUCUAAAAAAAAUAAAAUUAUAAAAAAUUUGGUAUCUUUGAUAUAUCGUUCUAAAUUACUUCCUAAUUGUUCAGAAAAUAUCAGUCUAACUUCUUUGGAAAAAAUUAAAAGGUUUUAUAUAUUUAAUUAUGAGCAUGCUAUAUACAUUUAUAGAAAUAAUAAUAUAAACAAAAUUUUGUGUAACAAUUUGAUGAACAUGCAAAAUGAAAACAAAUAUAUUAAAAUAAAAAAUAUUCAUAAUUCAUUUUGUUUUAACAAACACAAUGCUUAUAUUUUCCAAAACAAAAAUAAACAAAUAAAAACAACAGAUGACAAAAUUAGUAAUAUUGAGACAGCUGGUGAUCAUAUUUUUAUAAACAAUGCAGGUGUAGAUAGAAUAAACCUAUGUAAUAUUAUAAAAAACACAAAAAAUAAAUUUAAAGUUAUAAAUAAAGAAAAGAUACAUAAAAUAAUUCAGAAUCUUCGAUUUAAUAUAGUAUCAUUUCAUUACGAACUUUUAAAUAAAAAUAAUAUACAUUUUUAUUCGACUCUUAAUUUAUUUUGUUUCUUUUUUUUUGAUUUUCAUUUUUGUAAUAAUAUAUAUAAAAAUUAUAAAAGGCUAUCAUCAUACUUCAAUAAAUACACAUUUAUAAACCAACAUAAUAUCAAAAACACAGAAUAUACUAUUACUAACAAUUCAAAUAUUAACCAAAUUGAACUAUUUAAAGAGAUAAAAAAUCAAGAACGAAAUUGUAGAAAAAAAAUAAAUUCUCAAAUUUUCUCUUCAUAUAAAAAUAAAGAUUUAAUAAAUCAUGAAAAUAUUUAUAAAAUUGUAAUUCAAACGGGGGAAUAUAGUUACCUUACUUAUAUUGUAUUACCAAAUUUUGAAGUUAAUAAAAUUAAAAAAGAGAGAAAAAACGAGAGAGAAAAAAAGAAUAUUAGACAAAACAUUCUUAAAUAUUUUACUACUGAUAAUGUUAAUUAUUUUUCUUAUUUCCAAAUAAAAAGAAAUAAAGAGUUAUUUUCUUCUACAAAAUGUAAAUCAAAAAAUGAUGUUAUAUAUACAAAUUUAUUAAACACCGAACAAAAAUAUAUAUAUUCCUUUAGUACACCUAUUUAUAUAAAUAGACAUAUUUUAAACGAAAUAACAUUUAGCUAUCUUUACAACUAUUAUAACAAUAUAUAUUUUAAAGCUAAAGAUAGCGAUAUAGAAAAAGUAAAUAAAUUUUCACACAAAAAAUUAUUUAUUUAUUUAAUAGAGAUUAUAAAAAACCCAUAUAUAAUAAAUUAUAAUGAACAUUAUUUUGAAAAUUCGGAAAAUAAUUCUUACAAUAAAAGUGGUGAGUUAAUUACAACACCAUAUUUACAAAACUAUUGUUUAUCAAUUUUAAAAAAAAAAAAAAAAAUAAAUAAUAAUAGUAUUACUACUAAUUUUAUUAACAAGUCAGAAAAAAAAACCAACUUUUCACCCUUAAAAAAAAAUAAUAAGCUUAAAAUAAAAAAAUUGGCUAGCUUGAAAACAACAUUUAUAUAUUCCAAUUAUAUAAGACAAAAGAAAAUCACUCAAAUUACUAACAUGUUUAAAAACAAACUAGAAAUAUUUCAAAGAUAUAUUAUAUUAAUGCAUAAUAAUUCUUUAGAAAAAAAUAUAAUGCAAUUUUUUAUAUCUAAGCAAGUUAUAGAUUAUUAUGAAUAUUUGUUUUAUGAUAUAAAUAAUUGUUCUUAUCCUUUAUGUUAUAUAAAUCCAAGUGAUAAUCUAAAUAUUAUUUCACAAUAUUUUAAAACUGAUAUUAACCAAAUUUCUGAAGAUAUUAUUUAUUGUGAAAAUAAAAAAUAUGCUAACAAUCAAAUUAAUGCAAAAAAAAUAAAAAUUUACCUGUUUAUUACUUCUUUACUACUUCCUCUCGAUUCGAGGUCCUUAAAAUUGACAAACUACAAUAAUUCAAAAUAUGAUGACAAUUUUAUAAAAAGUUUGAAAGACUAUUGUUCUUUACACAAUUUGAUGAAUUUAUAUACAAAAUAUGACUUGAGCAAAUCAUGUCUUAAGCUCCUUAUAAAAAAUGAAUUGCUAUCCGAAUAUUUUAUAGGAAUCGUUCAAAGGGCGCAUAAAUACAAUUAUAUUUAUAAAAUAUUUCAAAAUGUGUCUAAUCUUAGGAACCCACUUCUUCAACACAGAAUAAAGUGCUAUUUACUAAAAAAGAAAAUGUACAACUUGCUAUACAAUUAUGUGAUUUUUUCAAGCGAUUAUUUAAAUGCAGCCAUCAUAAGCAUAUACCAUUAUUCCAUUGCCCAGAAUAUUGAUGCAAAAAAUGGGCAUCUAAACAAUGCCCUUGUAAAUCUUACCUUAAUUGUUAAAAGCGUGGAAAGUUCGAUGAAUUAUAAAAAUUCCAACCGUAAUAUUUUUUAUGACAAUUUCAUACUUGGCAACAACAGUAAUCGAAAAAAGAAAAAUAGACAGUUAUAUAAUAAAAGUAAUUUUAAUAUUCUUUUUGAUGAAACUAAAAAACGAACAAAUAAUACCAUUCCAAUCGAAUUAAUAUUCAGAUAUAUUGAUUUGAUAAUCAUUCAGCAACAGGUGCUACAUGAAGAUCUUGAUAUACAUGGGAAUAUAAUAAACUCCAAAAAAAUAGACAUUAUGUUUUGUAUUAAUAUAUUAGUUUAUAAAAAAAUAUAUAAUUUAGCAGACAAAAUAAUUAACAUAUAUCAAUUUAAUUAUAUUUUUACUUAUUGUUUAGCUUGUAUGUUUUGUCUUUUAAUAGAUCAAAAUUUAUCUUUCCUACACGAUAUAAUGAAUUAUAUAAAAAUAAAAUUAAAUAACAAUGACAUUAAUAUAUUUAUUUUGCAUAUAAUUUAUCUUUAUUUGGGAUAUAGAAGAAAAUUUAAGCCCAUAUAUGAAGCUAUUCAAGAAAUGCAUGAAAAAGAGGUGAAACUAAAAACAACUGAAUUAAAUAAUUCAAACCCCAAUAUAUCAAAUGUGUGUGCAGAAAAAUCUGAUGAAACUAAUAUAGUAGCUAGCCAAAUGUCCGAAUAUGAUAGUAAUAUGAAUAUUUUACCUGAACAUGUUAAUAAUAUAUUAACAUAUAUUACUGAUAAUGAUUUUUUAUUUUAUUCACACGUAUUAAUUUAUAUUCAUAAUAAAAAAGAAUAUAAAAAUUUAUUUAAACAUAUUAAAAAUAUACUAUUUACAAAUAUCAAAAAAAAUGAUAUCUACAAAAUGAUAAUGUGCGCAUAUAAAUAUAUAAGUAAUAACAAAAAACAAAAUAAUACCAAUCUUAGCCCUAGCAAUAAAAAAAGUAAUUACAAUUUUAUUCAUAACAAUUUAUCUUAUUUAAAAAAUAAAAAAAUAAAUAAAAUAAGCAUAAACCAGUUUGGAGAUAUUCAUCAAGAUCAGAACUUUUCUACUUUAAUGUCUUUGGCUAAGCAAUAUCCUGAUAGUAUUAAAAAUAAAAUAAGCACCGAAAUUUUGUCUAUUUACAAAAAUUGUAAUAUAUUGUAA